UGCAAAUGCGCCAUUGAAACGUCCUCUCACCCGCGUCACGCAUUCUCCUCCCACGCGCCAUCCAUAUCCACGUGGCACCUCUUUCCACGUGGCUUAUCUAUAAACACCUCCCUCUCUGUCCAUUCAUAUCUCUAACCGUUUCGCAACAAACUCUGUUUCUACUUGUACAUACGGAUUUUUGUAUCUAUGUAUCACAUGGCGACGCCGUCGUCGGCGGUGAUGGCCGGACCGGCGAGUCAACUAGAGUCGUCGCCGAUUCGGAUAUUUUUGUUGUUUCAUAAAGCUAUUAGGUCGGAGCUUCAUGCGCUUCAUCAAGCUGCGUUAGCGUUUGCGACAAACCCUAGCAGCGAUUUGACGCCGUUGCUGGAUCGAUAUCAUUUCCUUCGUUCGGUUUAUAAGCAUCACUGCAAUGCUGAGGAUGAGGUCAUAUUGCCAGUACUUGAUAUUCGUGUGAAAAAUGUGGCGAGGACUUACUCCCUUGAGCAUGAGGGAGAAAGUGAUCUUUUUGAUCAGCUUUUUACUCUGCUUAAUUCAGAUAUGCCAAAUCUUGAAAGUUGCAGGAGAGAGUUAGCCUCUUGUACUGGAGCUCUACAAACAUCAAUUAGCAAGCACAUGUCCAAGGAGGAGGAGCAGGUAUUCCCCUUGCUUAUUGAGAAGUUCUCAUUUGAAGAGCAGGCUUCACUAGUUUGGCAGUUUUUAUGCAGUAUUCCUGUGAAUAUGAUGGCAGAGUUUCUUCCUUGGCUUUCAUCCUCUAUAUCCUCUGAUGAGUACAGAGACAUGUGUGAUUGGUUCUGGACAGUAAUUCCGAAAGAGGAGCUACUUCAACAGAUCAUAUUCAGCUGGAUGGAUAGGAAAAAGAUCAACAAGAAGCGCAAAAAUCUUGAAGAUCAUUCUGAGGAUCAGAGGUGUCCAUAUUCUAGGGGUGGCGCAUCAUUUUGUCCAUCUGAAGAAGGGCGCAGUGCUUGUAAAUCCUCAAGAACCGGUAAAAUGGAUUUUUUGGAGUCAGAUUUUUGUCAGACAGAGUCCUUUCCAAAUCGUCCAGUAGAUGAAAUAUUGCAUUGGCACAAGGCAAUAAAUAGGGAAUUGAAUGAUAUAGCUGAUGCAGCUAAAAGGAUUCAGCUAUCUAGAGAUUUUUCUGGUCUGUCUAAAUUUAAUAAGAGGCUGCAGUUCAUUGCUGAAGUUUGUAUCUUCCACAGCAUUGCUGAGGACAAAGUUAUAUUCCCUGCUCUAGAUGCAGAACUUUCUUUUGCAGAGGAGCACGCAGAAGAAGAGAGCGAGUUUGACAAGUUUAGAAGCUUGAUUGAAAGCGUAGAAAGAGCUGGAGCCAACUCAUCUUCUGCUGAAUUUUAUUCAAAAUUGUGUUCACAGGCUGAUCAUAUCGUAGGCAGUAUACAGAAGCAUUUUCAGAAUGAGGAAGUUAAGGUCCUUCCACUUGCACGGAAGCAUUUUAGUCCUACAAAACAGCGAGAACUUCUUUAUCAGAGCUUGUGCGUGAUGCCUCUGAGAUUACUCGAGUCCGUCUUACCAUGGUUGGUAGGAUCACUUAGUGAAGAGGAAGCCAGAUCUUUUCUAUACAAUAUGCACAUGGCAGCUCCAGUUUCGGACAUUGCACUGGUUACCCUAUUUUCUGGUUGGGCGCGCAAAGGUCGCCCAAAUGUUGUUUUUUCAUCUGCGAACAAAACUAGUUCUUGUCCAGCUACUAUGGCGACUGCAAGUGAUAAAGGGUCUGAAAAUGUUUGUCCUUGCAAACCAUGUACUCCUCUUGAAAGUGUAUUUUCGACCUGUAUCAGGCAAGUGAAACAAGAGGAAAAUAAUGGCGUUGAUACCUCAGGGGACAUAGCUAUAUCUUUCAGUAAUGAUCCAUGCUGUGUUCCAGGGUUAGGAGUUGAUAGGAAGAAUCUACUUGUGACAGCAAAAUCUCUGCGUUCACCUUCCUUUGGUCCUGCUGCUCCUUCCCUAAAUUCUAGCCUUUUUAACUGGGAGACAGAUAUAAGCUUGACGAAUAAUGGGCAUGUGACACGGCCUAUUGAUAACAUAUUUAAAUUUCACAAAGCCAUCCGCAAAGAUUUGGAGUUUCUGGAUGUUGAAUCAGGAAAGCUUAAUGAUUGUAAUGAGACAAUGUUAAGGGAGUUUAAUGGUAGGUUCCGUUUAUUAUGGGGUUUGUACAGAGCUCAUAGUAAUGCAGAAGAUGAUGUAAUAUUCCCUGCACUAGAAUCAAGGGAAACCCUUCAUAAUGUAAGUCACUCUUACACAUUGGACCACAAGCAUGAGGAAAAACUAUUUGAGGACAUUUCCUCUAGUCUUUCUGAGCUUUCAGGACUUCAUCAAAAGAAAAUGACUCCAAAUUCUAGUUCUUCUCGUCAUAGUGAUAAUGUGAUAAAGUAUGGUGAGCUUGUGACAAGAGUUCAGAGCAUGUGCAAGUCGAUAAAAGUAACUCUAGAUCAGCACAUUUUACGCGAAGAGCUUGAGCUCUGGCCGCUGUUUGACCAGCAUGUUUCUUUGGAGGAGCAGGAAAAACUUGUAGGUAGAAUAAUUGGCACUACUGGUGCAGAGGUGCUUCAAUCAAUGUUACCAUGGGUAACUUCUGCUCUUACCCAGGUUGAGCAAGAUAAAAUGAUGGAUACCUGGAAGCAAGCAACCAAGAAUACAAUGUUCAGUGAAUGGCUUAAUGAAUGGUGGGAAGGAACUUCAAAUUCAUCUUCACAGCCAUCAACAUCUGAUGAUAGUGUUUUAGAAGAUAGUUAUUCCCAUGAAGCUUUGGACCAAAGUGGUGAGAACUUCAAGCCUGGAUGGAGAGAGAUAUUUCGAAUGAAUCAAAAUGAGCUCGAAUCGGAAAUUAGAAAGGUCUCUCGGGAUCCAACUCUUGAUCCAAGGGGAAAGGAUUAUCUUAUUCAAAACCUUAUGACAAGUCGCUGGAUAGCAGCUCAACAAAACUUACCUCAUGCAAGAAAUGUUAAAGACUCGGUAGGUGAAUUUCUGCGCGGAUGUGCACCGUCAUAUCGUGAUACAGCAAAACAAGUUUUCGGGUGUGAGCAUUACAAAAGAAAUUGCAAGCUUCGAGCUGCUUGCUGUGGCAAGUUAUUUACAUGCAGGUUCUGCCAUGAUAAAGUCAGUGACCACUCUAUGGAUAGGAAAGCUACAUCUGAGAUGAUGUGCAUGAACUGCAAGACAGUUCAGCCAGUUGGACCAAUUUGUGUAGCACCAUCUUGCAAUGGACUAUCUAUGGCAAAAUAUUAUUGCAGCUACUGCAAAUUUUUUGAUGAUGAAAGGACAGUUUAUCAUUGCCCUUCUUGCAACUUAUGUCGGCUUGGUAAGGGACUUGGCAUUGACUUCUUUCAUUGCAUGACCUGCAAUUGCUGUCUAGGGAUACAAUUGUUGGACCACAAAUGCAGAGAGAAAGGUCUAGAAACAAACUGCCCUAUAUGCUGUGAGUUUAUGUUCACAUCAAGUGAAACUGUCAGAGAUCUCCCUUGUGGCCAUUAUAUGCAUUCGGCUUGCUUUCAGGCAUAUGCUCACACCAACUACAUAUGUCCAAUAUGCAGCAAAUCGAUGGGAGAUAUGUCGGUAUACUUUGGGAUGCUUGAUGCUUUACUCGGUUCUGAGGAGCUGCCAGAGGAUUUUCGUAAUCGCCACCAGGACAUCCUGUGCAAUGACUGUGAGAGGAAAGGCACUGCACCCUUUCAUUGGCUUUAUCAUAAGUGUGCAAGCUGUGGAUCCUACAAUACCAAAGUAAUUAAACUGGCGACAAUGGAAAUGUCUUAAAUCAUGUUUUACAAGUGGCAAGUAGAAUCUGUAAAUAUAGCUUUAUUGAUGCCUGAUGGUAUGAUGCUCUUCUGGAUUUUAGAUUUCAUAGAAUUUCGUAAUUUGUAGAUAGUAGAUACAAGCAUACAACCUAAUUGCCUAUAAAUACACAGGAUAAUAUUUUCUGUUCGACUCAUAGAUGAAUAUAUUCUCAUUUGAUUUUUGUUUUUCA